GCUGGUUUGUUUUUAAAUAUUUUGUUGUUUUUCCUCUUAUUCUACUAUUCCACAAUUUUUUAUUCUCUUAUGCAUAUAAUUCAUACACAGAACACCACUACAAGCGCAACGUAAAUGAGAGUGAGAGAAUUGAGAUAAGAAAUUGAAUAAAUAAUAAAACGAAAAUAUUAUUAAAAUAAAGAUUAGAAGAAUUUUUCAUUUUGACAAGUUAACAAGUUAAAUGAAGGUGUACAAAAAAUAUUUCAAAAAAAUUCGUAUUAAAAAUCAAAUUAAUUUAAUUAAAUAAUAAUCUAUUCAAAAUUAAAUAAGUGUUGUAGUAAAAAUUCUUUUUUAUGAUUUUAUUUUGAGUGUUAGUGAAUUUAAGCAAAUUAAAAUAGAAAUAUUUUCCCCACAAAAAAGCCAAAAAAGAAAAGGAAAAAAGUUGCAAUAAAAAAUGGUAUUACGUUCGGGCAUUAUUUUACCAUUUCAAUUUCGAGACACCAAAAAAUUAUUAAUGAUUGGAGUGCCAGAAGAGAAUCGCGAUUUAAGCAUUUGGGACUUGAAAAAUGUCGUACGUGCUGCUUUUGGUAUUUACAAUUUUGAGUUUCGCAACAAAAAGAUUGGUUUCAAUAUACCCGAUGAACUAUUGUUGCAGUAUUUAGCACAGCGUCACGAUUUAACUAAUUUCGUUAUAGAAAUUGGACAAGGCAACGAAGACAACAUGCUUAAGGAGCAACUCAACUAUGAACCAUCGUGUUCGCAGAAACUCAUUGUUCCCCUGCCACAGAAAUCGAAUGAGUCAACGUCAAAUAUGGAUUCGCCACUGACAGCUACUCAAAUGCAGCAAAUGUAUACGACCAGCAAUAGUGUAGGCACAAUAAUGAGUAGAACACGAUCGCCACUGGAUGUGGUAGAAAAUCACUCGGAACAUUCGAGUAAUUUAGAGACGACACAUAAAAUACGUGUAUCGCAGGUAUACAAUGAGAAUACACCGGAAUCGCUAACGCAAUCGAUAGAUCCCAUGGAUAUAAUACCGAAGGCUGAGCAAGAAGAAACGGAAAUGAUGGAGUCGAGAGAUUUGCGUUACGAAAGACAUCAAGAGGUGUUGCAACAGCAAUUGCAACACCAACAGCAUCAGCAGGAACAACAACAGCAGCAGCAACAUGAACAACACCAACAACAACAUGAGCAACACCAACAUCAGCAGCAACAACAAAUACAACAUCCAAACCAACACCAGCAGCAGCAGCAACAACCCCAACAGCAACCAUUACAUCAUCAGCAAUUAUCGCAACAUUUUGUCACCAACUAUACACAUCAUAGCAUGAUUGCACCACAAAAUAAUACCUCAAUAUCAGCAGCAUCACCGCCGCCUCCUACAGUUCUCAAUCAGACUGCAGCUGUAAUGCAACAAGCGGUUGCAAAUAUACAACAUUCAACACCCACCUCUCAGUCACAAUAUUCACCAUCUAUGAUAAAUCGCUUUCGAAGACGUGGCGAACGUAUGUCCAAGGACCAAAAGGAAUUGUAUGUGAAAUAUUUUGAAGACAAUCCUUGUAUGUUGACCCAACGACGCAAUGAUGUUAUACUGGAGCCCUUGUGGAAUAAAUUGGCCAAUUUGUUAAAUAGUGUACCCCAGGGAGCCGUAAAAAAUGUGGAAGAAUGGAAACAGACCUUUGAUGCAUGGCGUUAUCGUGUUUUCAUGUAUACCCGCUACAAUUCCAAAUUAGCCGGUGCUGCCGCCCAAAAUCCCAAAAACUACAAACCUUUAACACCCACCGAUCAACGAGCCUACGCCAUGUGGACGAGCCAUAAGAGUACUGCACCUCAGGAUUUUGAAAAAAUGGAAAUGUUUCCUAGCCUCGACGAAUCCCAGCCUGAUUACGAUUAUUGAUUAAGAUAAAAAUUCAUUAAGAGAACUCCAAGUUCAAUUAUUAUCUUUCAAAGCGUUUACGCUGAAACGUUUUAAAAACCCACUUGUUUAAAAAAGAAAAAGUCAUAUUUUUAUAAUAUCGUUUAGUAAAUUACUUUAGAAAUUUACUUCUAAUUGAAUAAGCACUUUGUUAGUAAAAGUGAAAUAAAUUUGUAAAUUGUACAUAAAAAUAAAAUACAAAAUGUACUUAACUAAUUUAUAUUAUCAUUGAAAUUUAGGACAGAUCUCUGUACAGAACAUAAUAAUCAGAUAAUAAAAGGUCGUCAUUUGUAUAAAGACAA